GAGAAUCCCACAUGCACAGUGCUUUUGAACUUAUCAGACGUCGGACGCAUUUGUUCUGAACGCUUGAUCUGUUCUCGCGACGCGAUUUUCACCGAUUUUUUUUGUGAAAGCACGUGAACCUAAGUUAAUUUUAAGUGAAUUUGUUUUCUUCUGAUAAAAAAAAGAAUAUUCUGCUCCAGAUAAAAUCGUCAUUAUAUUGAACUAGUAAAAUGUUAACUCUAACAAACUUUUCCCUUGCAAUGAAAAUCAAUCGUCACAUCGACAUUCAGAACUAAAUCUGAAGAGGAAGACAAAUUCAGUAUCGAAUAAUUACAAAUUGACAGUGAGCCAAAAAAAAAAAGAAAAUUUUGUGAAAGAAAAGUGAGACACGAGAAGUGACAAUAAAUUCAAGUAUUAUUUUUUUUUCGUCAGUAUACAAUAAACGGUGGUUUUUGUCGAGAAAGUCGAGUAGCACGAAAAUAUGUUCUAACAUUCCAUAGAGCUUUUUCCGUCUUCAGCAAAGUGAUUCCGUGUAUUUUCCCGCCAUAAUUUCGCGUCCCUUAUCAACCUCCUAAAUCUUUAGUGCUUCCCGCGUUUUUUCUCUGUUACAUAUUUGCUCCGAUUGACUACAGGAAGUGGUGAGCGAUGUCUGUGUGGACAACGAGUAGUGCCGGUUUAGACACAGUUCUUGCCACAACUCUUGGCACUUCCAGCCACAGUCUCACCCGCCAUCACAAUAAUCUCAACCUCAAGCCAUCCAACUCUUCGCAUCAUCUGAACUACCAUCAGACACAGCAACAACAGGCUCAACCUCAACAGCCCAGCAGUGGCAGUGGUUCCAUCUCCGGAUCAUCACCAGGAGGACACUGUAAUCCCACUUUCAACUAUCCCAUAUCACCGCCCAACUACUGGAAGCAGUCCAACUUCAACAGCAGUGGCACAAAUCACAGCAAGAGACGCUCAAUCGGAAUGUCGCAAUCCGGUGAGGACCUUCAUUCGCCCAGUUACCUAUCCUGGCGCAAACUCCAGCUCAGCCGGGCUAAACUUAAAGCUUCCAGUAAAACGUCAGCUCUCCUUUCAGGAUUUGCAAUGGUCGCAAUGGUGGAAGUGCAACUCAACAAUGAUACACAAGUGCCAGUUGGAAUGCUGAUAGCUUUUGCUAUCUGCACGACACUCCUGGUGGCCGUUCAUAUGCUGGCCCUAAUGAUUAGCACCUGUAUCCUGCCUAACAUAGAGACUGUUUGCAAUCUGCAUAGCAUCUCUCUUGUCCACGAAUCUCCACAUGAAAGACUGCAUUGGUACAUUGAGACAGCAUGGGCAUUCUCUACACUACUGGGACUGAUACUAUUUCUCCUGGAGAUUGCUAUUCUAUGCUGGGUGAAAUUCUACGAUCUGAGUCAGGCAGCCGCAUGGUCAGCAUGCAUUGUGCUCAUUCCCGUUCUCAUAGUCUUCCUGGCUUUUGCCAUUCACUUCUACAGAUCCCUCAUGACACACAAAUAUGAGGUGACAGUGUCUGGGAUUAGAGAAUUGGAGAUUCUCAAGGAACAAAUGGAACAUGAUCAUCUUGAGCAUCAUAGGAGUGUCAACAAUGGACUCCACUACAACAGUGCCUCGGCAGAAAUUGUCUAGCGAUUGGAAGUAGAGGGAGAAUGACUAGAACAAACAUCCCGGAAGUGCCUGAGGACUUCCAGUAAACCACUUGAUAUGAGUGGAAAAUCUCUUCAAAAUGUGAUUGCGUUUCUAUAAGCAAAAGCGAAAAUCAUAAAGACAAUUUUUCCGUGUGAAUGUGAUCUGAGAAAUCUUAGGAGAGCGACAUAAUUUUUUUUAUAAAUCUUUUCUCAUCUCAUUUUAUAUUUUUAACAAUAUUGGUAUCCAUCCCCAAGACAGCUCCUAUUUUGUGACAAAAUACACCUUCUCCGUUUUUUUUUGCGCAUUCGUGAGAAUGUUCUGAGAUGUUUUACUACUUAAGCGAUAGUUUAGUAUUAAGGUGUACUUAUUGUUUAAGAUACUGUGAAUAUUUUUACACAAUUUGUCUUCCUUUGAGAAUAUGGGGAGAAUGGUUUUGGGGGGCAUGAAAAUGAAGUCAGAAGAAGCCUUCCUCGUGAGAAACAUAACCUCAAACCAAAAGCAAUAUGUACACGUCAAUGUUUUCGCAGAAAACAUCAUGUAAAUAGAUAAAUUGUAAUAAAAAUUAAUAAUUUAACAAACUUACCA